GGCGAGCGCGGGGCCCGCGCCGGGCGUCGUGCGGAGCCCGCUGGACAUCGCCCCGCCCCAGGGCACCGUGCCCGGUGUCUACCUGCUCGUCGGCGUCAACUCGGACGAGCAGUGCGCGGAGCACAAGAACCUGGCCGUCAUGGACCACGCCGAGCGAUGCGAGGCGGUCAGGCACUGUCGGUGGGUCGACGAGGUCGUCCCCGAGGCGCCGUGGGUCAUCACAGAGGAGUUCCUCCAAAAGCACCAAAUCGACUACGUCGCGCACGACGAAGACCCGUACGUGAGCGCCGGCAUCGACGACGUCUACGGCUACUGCAAGUCGCAGGGCAAGUUCCUCCCGACGCGCCGCACGCCCGGCGUGUCCACCUCGGAGCUGCUCGAGCGCAUCGUCUCGCGCUACCGCGCGCGCGGGUUCGACAAGAAGCUCCGCAAGAUGGGCCACGCGGAGCUCGCCGCGGAGGGCUCCGACUGGGACGACAGCCGCCCCGGCAGCCCGGGGCCCGCGAGGUAGGGCGCCGCUGGUGCUAGCGGCGUGGGAGGCGUGCCGGGGAGAUUUACUGAAGAAGCGGGAUCAUACAUACAGUUAGCGGUACGUCUACGAAAGCGUGUAAUGUACGUGCGGAUACGUGGGCUUGUAGAGGCCCAUUCGCAUUCGUCGCCGGAUCUGUGUCUCGCGUGGACCCUUGGACGGCUGAGCGUCGACUGCCCGGAAGGUCUUCGUGCGGUGCGGAACUCACCCUGUACUGUAUCCUCAGGCAGCAGCGUCUCUGCGGCCAAGAGCAGGAC